CGCGUAUUUCGCGGCCGUCGGCCGAGCACCGGCGAGGAUGGCCGACGACGGCCGAGCAGGCGGCAGCCCGAGAGCGACCAACACUGCGUGCUUGUGUGUGCGCGCGCGCGUACGUGUGCAUCGGAGAGCGUACGUCGGUGUAUAGUGUACGCGAGAGAGUCGGUGCGCCUCUCGGCCGUGGGCACAAAUCGCGAGUAAAAUGGAAGCGGAAUUUCGCUGCGAGGUUGAGGUCGGCCGUUGAGAACAGUGAACAUGGGAAGGUCCAAGUUUCCCGGGAAGCCGCCGAAGACGGCCACCAGGAAACGGAUCAAGGUGCUCGGCCAGCCCGAGGUAGCGCAGAACGAUCCGGUAACCGUCGCCGAGAACAUCUACUACGGACUUUCCCUGUUCAACGAAACAUUCGGUGACAACGAGAAGGAACAUCCACCGUUCCAUGGAUUUAGCACUAAAGAAGCUAAUCUUUCUGCGUCUUAUAUAAAAACACAGCAACACAAUGCAGAGGAAAGCACCAAGAAAUUACCCUCAGCCACAGUCAGAAAUCUUGCACCACAGUCAAGCACGAAGAAGGAUACCACUGAUGCUAAAAAUUCUCCCUCAGACAUCAAGAACAGCACAGAGAAGCUUACCGAUGGAAAUUCACAACCGGUGGAAGACACUAAAGAUACAACUGUACCCUUGACUAACAAACAGUCUCCGAAUGUACACAAAGCUAAGAAUCGUAAAAAUUGCAAGAAUAUCAAAUUUUCCAAUUACUUGAAGAGUCCAGUGCUAAAGUCAGUGAACAACAUUUUGGAUCAGCAUCAACGAACUAGGCAGUUGCGUAACAGUACCGCAAAGAGAUUGCUGCAAAGGGCGAAAUCUAAUGGGAGUAAUGCGCGCAAUUUGGUGGUGCAACCUGGAGAGAAGGCCAGCACAGUGAGAAAGUUUGUUUUACCCGUUCGCAGCGUGCACUCGUCGAGGGUGAUAAAGCCGAAUAAAAGAUUCAUCGAGGAAUUGGAGGAAGUUUCUGGUACAGAGCACAGUGAAAACGAGAUCGGUGUACACGUGAAGAAGGUCAAGUUAAAUUCGGACAAACUCUGCAAUCAGGAAUCAAAAUUGAAGGGGGACGAGGCUAGCAAGUGUACAAAAGUGAAGGACAAAGAGACACGGAGCAAGCCAAAAAAAGUGGUUCAUAGUGUAGAUUCUAACGUCGAGGUUGCGACAGUCCAGCAAGUGAAAGGCACAGAGAAAUUAGCGAGUUCUGUACAAAACGCACAAAUAUCAAAAGUCACUCAUAGAGAAGUAAAGAAAUCUCAUAGUAUAUCGUGUAAGAAUAAAGUAUCAAACGACACACCCGACAAUUCCAGUAACAAUCAGGAGUGCUCGCCGAAUCCGAGCAGAGCGGCACAAAAUGCGAAAUCAACAGUUCCCAGAAAUCAGAAGCAGAUUUCUAUUCCUACAAAAGUUCUUCCCGAUUCCAAUGUUCCAAACUUCGAGUCUUCCAGGGUUCAGACGAGAUCAGGAACCCAAAGUGAGAUAGCGACCGAUGUGAGUAAUCAGGCGAGCUCCGAAGGUGGUGCAGGAUUACCGGAAGAUGGCUGUGCGAAAGCUGACGAUCAGCCUGAAAAUGGUAACAAGACUGUGGUUAGUACAUUGGACAAUUUCGAGACGGAGAGCAAUCUGUCCGAGAGCGAGAGCGAACACGGCAAUCAUACGGAAGAUGAGCAGUCCGAAUUCAGCGGGAUGAAACUGAACGGUGGAAAAGUUAUUCUGAGGAAAGCGAGAUUAAAGUUGGAUAAUAAGUGCUUAACCGGAACCGAAGGACCAUUUUCAACGACGAGCGCUAGUAAUAAUACCAUGGGAGGAAGUACUAAUCUAGGGUUAACAGGAACUAUAAAAUGCGGCGUUUGCGGCGCAGUCCGGUUUUAUCGAUUCGUCAAACAGGCGCGCAAGUUCGGCAUUCACAGUUGCGAGUCCUGCCGCAAGUUUAUAAGCAAGAUGAUCAAACGUCAAGCUUGCGCCAAAUCCUCCAACAAAGUUCUUCCCAUUCUCCAGUGUCAUAAAGGCGACGGUCUGUGCUUGGUUCCGCCUGUCGUGAGGAGUCAGCAAUGGAACCUCAUGAGAUGCGUUUACAAGGCCAGGUGUCCGGCCUGUUGGUUGAAGAUGUGCUUGAAAUGUUACAACAUUCCAUCUGCCCUGAGGACAGGUUUAAAUUCGUUGUUACCGCCGAUAAUGAGAGAUCCCUUGAGUAUCUCCUUGGCGCUCGGUCAAGAUGAAGACUGUCAAAAAUUGGGCUCGUCCAAACUCAGCUGGCCCGCGGAAGAUAGCUCCGAGAGGAAUCUGUUCAAGUCCGCCACGAGCUGGAAAAACUUCGAAAUAGGACAAAAGACGAGUUAUCAGGGUACCGGAGGUUUCCUCUAUACAAAGAUAGUCGACUCGUCAAUCAGCAUAUCGCCCAACAAGAAGCGGAGGAAAAACAAUAGGAUCAAAGUGAGAAAGAAAAUGAAAAGUCCCGCGCUCACCUCGUCCGUUGGAAAUCAACAGUGUCCGCAGCCUCUUCGACAGAGGCUCGAGUUGAAGGGGCCGAGGGUCAAGCACGUUUGCCGGAGCGCUAGCGUCGCUCUCGGCCAGCCUAUCGCCACCUUUCCCGCCGCAGACGCGAAAGAAGACAACGAACACGGCAAGAACAUUCCAAAGACGGCGAAGGAACUCGAAAAAGCGGAGAAGAAAGACGACGUCGUGAAGGAGAAAGAGACGCAGAAGCAGGCUGAAGAUGGCACUUUAAAUCCCAAUGUCAACGUGACGCAACAGUCUCACCCGAGGAGAGGAAAGCCGCAACAGAACGUGUCAACGUCGCAGCACUUUCCAGUAAUAUCCAAGGCAACCGCAGACACCCUGUACACAGUCUCCAUAGACUUCUGGGAGCAGUACGAUCCUUCGGAAGUCGGGACGAAGGGUUUCGCUCUUAUCGGCUCGGAGCUGUUUCACAUACCUGCCAUUUGUUUUCUGUGUGGAAGCGCCGGUAAAGAACCGUUGAUCCACUGUCAGUGCUGUUGCGAGCCAUACCACGCCUUCUGUUUGGAACCCAGUGAAUGGAACGCUUGCGCCCAGCCCAACUGGUGUUGUCCCCGGUGUACGAUAUGUCAAUCCUGCCAUCUCAGAUCCGGUCCGAAAUUGUCCUGCAUCCGUUGUCGUCAGUCGUUUCAUCAUUCGUGUUUGUCGAAGUCCGGCGUCAGCUCGAGACUGUACAGUCCCGAUCGGCCGUAUGUUUGUCAGAGCUGCAUUAAAUGUAAGAGCUGCGGUAGCGAAGGCGUCAACGUCCACGUGGGCAAUUUACCUCUGUGCUCCAUGUGCUUUAAGUUAAGGCAACAAGGAAACUAUUGUCCUUUGUGUCAGAGGUGUUACAACGAAAACGAUUUCGACACGAAGAUGAUGGAGUGUAGCGAGUGUUCCUGCUGGGUACACGCCCGUUGCGAAGGCCUCUCCGACGAGCGUUACCAGAUACUCAGCUACCUGCCCGACUCGAUCGAGUUCACGUGCAGUCAGUGCUCCUCCAACUCGAACUCCGUGUGGAGGAACGCUAUAGAGGCGGAACUGAAAGCGGGUUUGAUCGGUGUCAUCAAGGCCCUGAGUAAGAACCGCAAGGUGUGCACGGCUCUCAAGUGGAGUCCGCGGAAGGAGUGUCUCUGCAGACCGGUCUCGAGCGUGAGGAAACUCGAGUUCCCCGAGGACAAGAGCGAGACGAGCUGCACGAGAGGGGAGAACGAGGAUCCAGAGGAGUCGAACGGCGACAAGUCCGCCGAUACCGACACUAGCUCGGGUAGCUGCAAAGACGGUAUUGGUAAACUCGACUCGGAGGAACAGUCGACGGACGGUCCUGUGAGGAAAGGCCUGCGACGGCUGCGGCAGAAGUUCCAUCUGAGAGAGUGCUCGGUCCGGGUGAAGAACUGUAUCCCGAAGGACUCGCAGGAGAACAACGAGAGAAGGGACUGGACGAGUCAGGAGUCGUUGACUGCGUUGGGCGACGCGACAGAGUGCCACUGUUCGGAACAGCAGAUUAUCGCGAGGCCUUCGCCCACGUUGAUGUCCGUGAAGCGCAAGGUGAACGGCAACGAGUACAAGUCGCUGUCGCAGUUCCACUGUGACAUGGAGCACGUGAUCAGUCGCGCCGGCGCCAAGGGUCUAACGGAGACCUACCACGACAUCCUGCAAGAGGUCUUUCCCUGGUUCACUCCGAAGAACUUCAAGAGCAGCGACGACGAGCUCGACGUGCCAUCGUCCGUGAAGAACUCGAGCAAGGACACCGCUUCGACGACCAAAUUCGACGACCCCAUCCUGGAGGCGUGGAAGGAGGAGCUGAUGAAGGCGCCGAAGGCGAUCGCCGCGAAAACGGCGAAUCUCUACAACAUCCACGUCGAGGACAGCAGAUCGUGUUGCUUGUGCAAAGGCUUGGGCGACGGCCAGGAGACGAAGGAGGGCAGGCUGCUGUACUGCGGACAGAACGAGUGGGUGCAUGCGAAUUGCGCGUUGUGGUCCAACGAGGUGUUCGAGGAGAUCGACGGGUCGCUGCAGAACGUUCAUAGUGCCAUCUCGCGCGGCCGGCUGAUCCGCUGCACCGAAUGCGGCAAGAAGGGCGCGAGCGUCGGCUGCUGCGCCAAAAACUGCAGCAAUACCUUUCACUUUCCGUGCGCGAGAAACAUCGGGCUCGACUUCAACGACGACAAGACGGUGUUUUGCGCGGUGCACGCCAACCAUUACGGGCACAAGCCGCUGCAGAGCGAGAACGAGUUCAGCCUGAAGCGGUCGGUCUACGUGGAACUGGACCGUAAGAAGAAGAAGCAUGCGGAGCCGAACAAGGUGAAGGUGAUGAUAGGCUCGCUGAUGGUCGACUGCUUGGGCGGGAUCGUGCCUGAAUUCUCCGACACGGCCGAGAGGAUAAUACCGUGCGACUACAAGUGCUCCAGGCUCUACUGGUCGACGGUGAACCCUUACAAGAUCGUGCGCUAUUACAUCAGAACGUACGUGCAGGUACACAUGCCGGACGUCUCGUCCGACAUGGAGAACAACAUCACCAUCGACCAUACGAAGGAGCAAGCGAAGGAGGAGACGGCGCCGACGGACGCGCAGAAGGUCGAGUUUCUGGCGGUGAAGCAGACUCUGGAUACGCUGAUCGACAUCGUGUGCAAUAAAGAGGUCGACGAGAAUCUGGCGGAGCAGAAUAACACGGACAUCCUGCCGCCGGAGCUGAAGGAGGCCAUAUUCGAGGAUCUGCCGCACGACCUGUUGGACGGCAUCUCCAUGCAGGACAUCUUCCCGAAAAUGUCGUACGAGGAUUUUUUAGCCAUGGACUUGAAGAACGACGGCUCCUUCACCGCGGACCUCUUCAAGGACGACAUGUUGCCGUCGGAGGUUGAGGAGACGAUCAAACCGCCGGACAGCAAGAUCUCGAAGAUGGACUCGUCCUUGCUGGAACUCGGCACGCACAACGACCUGUGGGUGCGGCUGGAGGCGAAGACCGCGAUGCAGGAUCUCAUGGAUGACUUGUUCAAUUCGAAGAGCCAAAAGCGCGGCGGCAGGGAGCUCAAGCGCUCCAAGUCCGAGGUAAUGUCGAACAAUCCGCUGAUCGUCGGCGGCCACCAGCGUCACCACCAGCGCUCCUGCAGCCUUACCUGGAGCUGCAAGCUGGACAACACCUACGGCGCCGGCAUCAAGAGACGGAAGCUACCGCGCAAUCCCUCCAGUACCAAGUCCAACGAGGCCGGCCUGAUCGUUCUGGACGCGCAGAACGAGCGCACGUCCAUGUUCCACGAGCUGAGGAUCCCGGAGAGCAUCAUGGUCACCGUAGGCAGAGGAAGCACUCCCAACAUACUCUCGGAUUCGAUGCGCGAGCUCAAGUACUGCAUCGAGGACCCGGGCGCGCUGAAUCGCCGCAUGUUGCCAGCUCGCGACGAAACGAAGGAGCACAAGAGGCUGUUCUGGCACCCGAGGCAGCAGCAGCCGCGCAUCUUGCAGGUGGACGGUCCGGCGGACGCGAACAGCGCGAGCGAAUGCAGCUCGCCGGAGUACAACGCCGAGGAGAAGAGCGCGGCGGGCCUGCACGCGUCCGAGGAGUCGCUGUCGAUCCCGCAAUUGGACGGUAUCAACGACGAGCACUCGUCCGACGCGAGCGAGCUGGUCGCGAACGAGAAAGACCUCUACCUGCUGCAGCAGCGCUCCUGCAACUUGUUGCAGCAGAAACGCUACUUCAGCUUCGUCAGGUCGCACAUGUCCAACAACGGUAACAUCGGCAACAAGCCGCCGAAGGCGAAGAGCAACGGCAGUCUCGUGAUGAACGCGUCCGCGAGAUACGCUCCGCACAAGGUAGCGAGCCCGUUGAAGGAGAAGAGCCUCCUGAAGCUGAACCUGCCGCAGAUCCCGCAACUGGACGGCGCCGACGACAUCUCGAGCGACGACGAGUGCGGCGGUGGUGGCGGUGGCGGCGGCGGCGGCAGCGGCGGCGUCGGCGUCGGCGUCUCGAUGCAGCAGCAGCAGCACUCGUUGUCGGUGACGCGCGACAAUAAUCGGCUGACGCGGCCGCACGAGUCUUACGAGUCGUCGCCGUUCGAGCAGCACAUCGACCGGCCGGUCACCUGCAAGCGAUGCUGCUGCACAUACCGCACGCAGGACAGCUACAACCGGCACCUGGCCAACUGCGACAUCAUGAUCACCAGCGACAGCGACUCCGAGACCAUGGACAACAAGCUGGCGUCGUCGCCGGACUCGAGGUUCUCGCCGAGCAACGGCUCGGUCGGCUCGCCGCCGCAGUUCAUCACGCUCUCGCCAUCGCAGGGCCACGCCCUGUCGACCGACUACACGGAGAUCCAAGUGACCUCGCCGAUCGAAGCGUCCGUGGCAUCGCCGCACCCGAGCAUCCAGAUCGAGCCGAUCGCCCAGGCGAUCAUCACUCCGCAGAUCCAUGCUCACGCCACGCACGUGGAGACCGUUCACCAGACAGUAUUAGCGUCCAACGACGUGAUCGUGCAGACGCAGUACACGCGCAGGACCACCACCCUGCCGAACCCAGCAGUAUUACCGCAGGAGAGCACGGUGCAGAUCACGGAGAUCACGGAUCUGCCAUCCGUCUCCAGCGACUCGGUCGCCGCGCCGGUGCACAACAAUAUGGUGAACACGCCGAUGAGCUCGCCGGACAGCACGAGCUCGCAAACCGUCCCUACGCCGGAGAUGUCGCCCACAUUCUCGUCCAUGGGGGUGCAGACCGCGCAUGAGUCGUCUCCGUUGACGUCCUUGUCGUCUUCGUCUUCGUCUUCGUCCUUGUCCUCCUCCUCCUCUUCUUCCUCCUCCUCCUCCUCUUCCUCUUCCUCUUCCUCCUCCUCCUCUUCCUCCUCCUCCUCCUCCUCCUCCCCAUCGUUAUCGUCAUCGUCGUCGUCGUUAUUGCAGGUGAACCGCGCUCCCUCCAAAACCAAGAGUCCCCGGGCGGCCAAGCCUCGUGCCAAGAGCGUGAAGCCGCAUGUGGUGAAGAACGUGGUGCAGCCGCACAACAAUGCCGCCCACGCGAGGUAUCAGCCGGUGCAGAGCGGCGCGCCGGUGAUCCAGUUGGCGCAGCAGACCCAGCGACCAACCGUGAUCCUCCAGCAGGUGGCGUCGCCCGGCAUCGUGUCGGCGUACGUGGAAACGCUGCAACAGCAGUCUGGUCAGAAUGUGCAGUAUAUCACGACGAUUGGCGGCCAGCACGAGUCCGGCUUUAAGCCUCAGUUCAUCGCCACCAAUCAUCUGGUGCCCGGCACUUACAUACAGACGCCGUCCGACAACCUGCUGGCGCUGCAGAACGGCAGCGGCAUCUCGAUACUGCCGAGCGUGCAAAUUGCGCAGACGCAGCCGACGACAGUGCUGGGCACCAUCAUUCAGCAGCAACCGGGCGCGGCGAUCCAGUGCGGCGUCAUAUCGUCGGAGCAGUUGCUACUGAGCUCCGCCCCCACUCUGGAGAUGUUCACCGACCCGACCGGCGGCAUGUUCGUGUCGAACCAGCCCAUGUACUACGGCCUGGAGACGAUCGUUAGCAACACCGUCAUGUCGUCCAGCCAGUUCAUGGCUGGAGCGGUGCCGCAGGUGUUGGCCAGCAGCUACCAGACCACCACGCAGGUGUUCCAAGCGUCCAAGCUGAUGGAGCCGAUCGUGGACGUGCAGGCUGUGUCAGGAAUGCCAACUGUCACGGCGGUGCAGGCUGUACAGAACGUGCCGGGUGUGCCGGCGAACGUGCCGAGUGUACAGAGCGUGCCAGGCGUACCUGCCAAUAUCGCCGGGGUGCCUACGAACGUGGCGAGUAUGCAAGGCGUGAGCAGCGUGCCCAAUGUACCUGCGGUGCCUAGCGGUUACGUGGUGGUGAACCAACCGGCCCCGCCGCCGCCACCACCACCUCCGCCAGCACCGACGGCGGCGGCAGUAGCGGCGGUAGCCACGCCGGUACCAACGCCGUUAGCGGCGACGACACCGACGAUAUCGGCGGCAGUGUCGAUACCAGCAUCAGCCACGGCAUCGGUACCGAUGUCGAUACCGCCGAUACAUCCGCCACCGGCGCCAGUGGCAGCAGUACCGCUACCAGCACCACCAGCACCCCCACCAGUGCCGCCGGCAGCGUCGUUGGUGCCGAUGGAACCGAUUGCGACAGCUCCGCAGAUCAACAUCUCCGCAACCGGUGGUGAACAACAAGCGACCUUUGGCUCCAUCGCGUGCAACGUCGUGUCGCCAGCGGCGGCUCCUUGUCAGAAUGUCGUGGCGAAGUCGGUGAUGUCGAUCCAAGUGGCAGACGUGUGCUCCUCCGAUAUGCACAACGGCGCGGCGAUCACGGCGGCGGUCGCGAGGGCGUCGACGUCGCCGAAGCUGCCGCCGCAUGUGAUGCCGCCGACGAUCCCUCGUGUGGCCGUGCGACCCAGUCCGGUCGCGCACUCGAUCACGCAGCAGAUGAAUCAUGGGCCUUGGAAGAUCACCGAACCGUUGUUUGGCGCGGAGCAACCGAUGAGCAACAGCGUGCGGCCGUACUUCGACUCAAAGCACGUGUCGGAGAAUACCAGCAUGAUCAAGUCCAGCAUCUUGUCGUCCAAGAUACCGCCCUUGCCGAAUCAUUGUAUCGCCCAGAGGAGCCUGGUCAUCAACAGUAAGCCACAUCAUGACAUGAACCAUAGCGUAUCCAAGAGCUCGGCCACUUCCAACUGCAACAGCACGAACAACAUCAACGUCAGCAGUCAUCCGGUGAUCGUGAGCAAUUCCAACGCGCAGAACAAGAUAUCGAUGCCGACGAGCAACAGCAUGCCCACCAGUCGGCCGAUGAACAGGGUACUGCCGAUGCAGGCGGUCACGCCCAAGCAGGAUCCGGCGAAGGCUGUGCAGAAGGACGACAUCGCGAUGAUCGAGGAACCCACGAAGCCGGUGAUCAAGCCGGCCGAGCCGGAGAUUGCGGAGCCGAAGAAGAAGGAGAAGGAGAUUGAAGAGAUUGCCGAAGAGGUGAUGAAACCUGAACCUGUGCUCAACAAUAACAACAAUAACAACAGCAGCAACAAUAACAACAAUAACAUCAGCGACGGCAUCAAGCUAAACACGGAGACCAUAGAGAAGGUGAAAGAGAAUCUCAAGCUGGAGCUCGACAAGGAGAAACUGCAGAACACAUCGUUGAAGAUAGUGCUGCAGAAGCAGCUGCAGGACGGCUCGUACAAGAUCACGCGCAACAUGAAGGCCGUGACGCAGAAUAAGAAGACGCCGCAGGUGACCUCCGUGGAGAUACUGCCGUCGAAGCAGGUGCCGCAGAUCGCGUCGUUGCAACUGUUGCCGAUCAAAACGUUCACGCUCAAGGCGAACAAAAUCGAGGACAAGGUGAAGCCGGCGAUGGACGCCAAGGCGUCCAUGAACAUGCUGAAGGCGAAGGCGCCGCCGGUUGCCGUGAAGAAGCCCAGGAUCUUGGCCAAGUCCAUCAGACCGGUGCGAAGUAAUCCGCAGCAGCAGAUGCAGAAGAACUGCUCGAGGGGGCCGACGCUGAUGUAUGAGAUAAAAUCUCAGGACGGCUUCACUCACACCGCCUCGUCCAUGGCCGAGGUCUGGGAGACGGUGUUCCAGGCGGUGCAGAACGCCCGCAAAGCGCACAAUCUGCCACCGCUGCCUCACAAUCCGCUGCUGGAGGGCCUCGGCCUGGAGAACAACGCGACCGUUUAUCUGGUCGAGCAACUGCCGAGCGUGAACCGAUGCACCAAGUACAAACCCAAGUUUCACACGCCGACGCCGCCGAGACCCGGCGAGAUGGAGAACGAGCUGCCGGCGGCUUGCGACAACGGAGCGGUGCGGGCGGAACCGUUCAAAAACAGGAAGGUGCACGACAUGUUUAGUUGGCUGGCGUCGCGGCACAGGCAACAGCCCAAGAUGAUAGCCAUAUCCGAAGCGGAGUCCAGGCGAGUUGCCAGCACCAAUUUGCCCAUGGCGAUGCGCUUCAGAAUACUUAAGGAAACAUCGAAAGAAUCUGUCGGUGUGUACCACUCUCACAUACACGGUCGAGGUCUGUUUUGCCUGCGUGAUAUCGAGGCUGGUGAAAUGGUCAUUGAAUAUGCUGGCGAGGUUAUUCGAUCGUCUCUGACCGACAAGAGAGAAAAGUACUACGACAGCAAGAACAUUGGCUGUUACAUGUUUAAGAUCGACGAUCAUCUUGUUGUCGACGCCACUAUGAAAGGGAAUGCAGCUAGAUUUAUCAAUCACUCGUGCGAGCCAAACUGUUACUCGCGAGUGGUGGACAUUCUUGGUAAGAAACACAUAUUGAUUUUCGCUCUCCGCCGUAUCACUCAAGGGGAGGAAUUAACGUACGACUACAAAUUCCCGUUCGAGGACAUCAAGAUCCCGUGUACUUGCGGUUCCCGCAGAUGUCGCAAAUACCUCAAUUGAGACUGCGUAUAUACAGCUUAUCCUAAGCAGCCGAUCGACGACACAGAGAUAAAAUAUGUGCUAUAAUUGCGCGCGCGCUUUCGAAUAGGAUUCGUUUUAUUGAACGUUAUUCAUUUACUCAUCAUCAAACUAUUUUCAGAGAUUGCAGCUUUUUAUUACUAUAAAAGAGCAUAGAUUAUACAUUUUAAAUAUUAGAAGGCCAGAGUGUAUAGUACGCGAAGCACGGCGCGGUCGCGACGAUGUUACUUUAGACAGCUACGUUCGUGUAGUUGAUUUAAUAGGUAAAGCAGGAGGAAGAGCAAGAGUGGCGAAAUGGGAAAAGGGCGGAGAGGGGGAAGGUAUACCUGCACGUGUAUGGCACGUAUACCUUAUAGCAAUAAACGAUUCGAGCAUGUCCCGCUUUCGUACCCGGCGAGUCGUGCGUGUACUAACGCGCUUUGAGACUUUUGAAAGUGUUACUUUAUUCACGCCUGUGCUUUCUCGCACGACUUUUAGACUCUACCUAUUAUCUACUAUUGAGGCUUAAGAGAGUGUACAAGUUAUCUUACACUUUACACUAAAUACGACGGCUCAUCGGUUCGUAUGAUUUUGAUCAUCCAUGUUACAUGACGUCGACAGAGGUUUGUCGAGGGUUCGAUCGAAUUUGAGAAACUCUUCCCCCUAUACGUGGCGAACGUGUUGGAACAGAUUAAAAAAGAAAGAAAGAAAGAAAGAAAGAAUGAAGGAAAAAAUAAAUGGAAGCUGUCUCUCAUGCGAAGGGCGCGUCGAGGAAAACAGCGGAUUUUCGAUGUUCAUGACUGAUCGUGGGAGAUCGGUUGCGUUUCUCUCGAGUGUCACGGGAAAAAAAAGAAGAAAUGACGUGUGAGCGCAUUGUACAAAUGUCGAGCGAACGAGAAUCUAAUGCGCGAUAUAAUUGUAUAUUUAAACGAGAUUCGUGUAAAUUUUUAAAUUUAGUGUACAGUGUAUGACUAACUUCGUGACAUUUCACGUCUGCUGUGUAGGGCCAGAUUUCAAAUGUUUUUGUAAAAUAUGUAAUUGUUAGACUAGAUAUAUCGUCUUUGAUGUAAGUACAGCAAACUCGUUUUAACUUAAGUUAGGAAUGUAGGCAUUAAGGAGAGAGAGAUAGAGAAUGGCAAGGGAGAACAGUCUCCUAUAGCAGGACAUUGUUCGAAGGUGUACCUACUUUGGCAGACAUUGAUACGGUUUUUGUCUCAUUAAUUGUCGAGCAACCGCGAUGUGAGAGGAUUAUCCGGACUCUCCUCGUCCGAAAGAAAAAAAAAAAAAAUU